UCAUUUGUAGUAGGGAAGUUUGGUUAUAAGGUGUGAAGUAGAUAUUGACCUACUUUAUGUUGUUUAUAUUUAUGUAUCGUUGACAUGCUUAUUUCCGUUAUACUCCUAUUUUCGUGAUGUUUACAAAAAGUGCACGCGCGCCUCACACGACUUGCAUAUGACGUCAUCACUUUUUGCGUAAACAAAGAACUGUCAAAGGUUUAUCACGCAGCUGUCAAACGUAAAAAAUGCGCUUCAAACAGUGUAAUCCCAUAAAGGUGGCUGUAAAGUACAGAUAUUACUCUCCUACAGCUCUUACUAAUGCUUAUCAGGCUGUGAGGGAGGAAAACAUGUCUGUUAGAAGGGCAUCAAUUCAGUACAAUGUACCCAUGCAGACGCUCAGAGACAGGGUAUUGCAUAAGGUAGAUCCUGAGACAGUCCGGUCAGGACCUCAGCCAUUGUUCAGUGAAGAGGAAGAGGCAUUAUUUGUAAACAAUCUGAAGUACAUGGCGUCACUAGGUUAUGGUUAUACAGGUCCAGAAGUCAUUGCUAAAGCUUCAAAUUAUGCAGUGCACCUCGGGAAGAGAUCUAAAGACCAGCCUCUAUCAGAAAAAUGGUACAGUGGACUUAAAUCGAGAUGGCCAGAAUUAAAAACUUUAAGUCCAAGAGCACUGGCAAAGGAACGAGCUCAAGCAACAUCUGAACAUGUUGUUAAUUCAUACUAUGAAAAUCUUCACACUGUACUUUUGGCCAAUGAUCUUCUUGACAAACCAGAAUGCAUAUACAACUUUGAUGAGAAGGGAGUCCAAACUGAACAUCGUCCGCCGAAGGUUGUUGCAGAAGGUGUACAUGCAGUACCAGCCAUCACUUCACCAAGAUCUUCAAUUACUACUAUCUUAGGUUGUGGGAAUGCACUUGGAACUCAACAUCCACCAUAUUUUAUCUUUAUAGGACAGCGCAUGAAUAAUGAGCUACUUGCUGAAUCUACACCAGGAGUGUCUGGCUGUGUAACUGACAGUGGCUGGUCCAAUUCAGACACAUUCUUGAAAUACUUGAAUGAUCAUUUUCUUAAAUUUGUUCAAAGGCCAGAUGAAAGCCAGCCUAUUUUACUAAUUUUUGAUGGGCACAGGUCCCAUAUUAACAUUCCAGUCAUAGAAUGGGCCAAGCAACACAAUAUCAUACUAUUUGUACUUCCAGCUCAUACUAGUCACUUAUUACAACCCCUAGAUGUAGGGUGCUUUGGACCACUGCAGCGUGUUUAUAACUCAGAGUGUCACAAAUUCUUACGAACAAGUCCAGAAUCUAGAAUUACUCGGUACAAUGUUUGUAAGUUAGCAUGUUCAGCAUAUGCAGCUGGAUUAUCUGCAAGUAACUUGAGAUCUGCAUUUCAGAAAACAGGUAUUUAUCCGUUUCAACCAGCUGCAAUCUCUAAAGCUGCAUUAGCUCCUGCAGAUGCUUAUCACCUCACACCUAUGACACAAAAUACUGUCUGUUCUCAAAAGCCUUCCGGUGAUCCCAGGGACUUUUUUUCUCCUGACCAAGAGUUGAUUGCUAAGAAGCAGGAAUUUGAAAGUAAAAAGGAACAUAAAAAUACUGUUAGCAAAAUAGUAUCUGGUAAAUGUAUUACUAAUCCAGUUGUUGAGAAAAAAAUCAUUGAAUUCUCUGAGGGUCAGAAAAAGAGGAAAACUGAGUCAUCAAAAACAGGUAAAGUGUCUAAAAAUAAAAAGGUAUCAAAAUUACCUAAACCUAAAAAUGUUCAGAAGAAACCCUUGGGAUUCGAACCCCAGCCCGGUCCUUCAAAAGUUGUUGUAUAUCCUUCUGACUCGUCUGACUUCUCAGACACUGAAAUUACUGAUUCAGAAAAAUGUUGUGUAUGUCAUAAAUUUGAGCCUGAGGAACUCAGAAAUAUUGUGUCACUGGUUUUUGUUAAAUGGGCCAAGUGCGACAUUGCUGGAUGUGAUCACUGGACCCACUUGAAAUUCUGCUGUCCUCAAAGGGUUGUCAGGUACAAUGACAGUUUUGAAUGUCCAUGCCACCAAAGAAAUUCUGAACUGACUGAAGAGUAAAUUAGAAAUGUCAUAAAAAAUGAAACCAAUUGAAAAUAUUGUAAAAACCUUGUUUUUGUUGUGUUUUUCUGUUUUUAUAUUUGCAGAAAUAUUAACCUGUACUGUGGUUAUGCUUCAACUGUAUUGGAAUAGAUAUUUUGAACUGCUGUAUACUUUUAAAACAAUACAAUGUCAAGGUCACGAAAAUUGGUGGGUUUCCAAAAUGGCGGACUUUAUAUGUUGUUUUUGUAGGGG